AUGGCCUACAUGUUUUGGAUUAAUCUAAAAUACUCUUCCAGCCGGGAAGCUGCAGCAUAUCAUGUCUACACAUCUCGUAUGUUCUUUUCUAUUAAUUGCACGAGAGAUGUUUUAAAGAACCUAAAGCGCCAUAAGGAUGAGGAUCUUCUAAUAGGUCGUGCAGUGAAAAAUCAGAAGGCUCUUUGGGACAAGACUCUGGAAUUUAGAUUUUUGUUGCAAAAGGCAUUUUCAUAUUCCAACAGGCUUCCACAGGAGCCAAUCAAGUCCUCUUUUUGUAGCUUGGAAACUGGGGUUAAUGAAGCAUAUUCGGAUCUAAUCACUUCAUCGCAAAAAACAUUAGACUCUAUUCUCGAGUUACAGGAGGUACUGCUAGACAAGAAUCCUACUAUUGCUCAGUCUGCAGAAGCCGGCUCUGCUAAGAAUUCUAAUUAUCUAGAAGCUUCAGGAAACUCAAAUGCGGAAGGUGAUGAAGAAUGGUUGCGGAUCUCUGAGAUGCAGCUGAGGAUGGCUUCUUUUAGGAACAAAUCGAUAGAUAAAUGGCAGAGGAAGACCCAGGUGACAAGUGGAGCUGCCUCUUUCAAAGGGAGGUUACACGCGUUCAACCAGAACAUUAGUGAACAAGUGGCUCUGUAUAUGAGGGAUCCAAGUAAAAUGAUCAAGGGAAUGCAACAGGAUAGAUCGGCAGUUGCUCAAUUUGGAAAUGUUCUGGGUUCUACUGUUCAUAAUCAGCCAGAGGUUAUAAGCACAGGUGGUGACCCUGAAUUGCUGGAUGACUCUGACUUCUAUCAGCAACUGUUGAAGGAGUUCUUUGAGACAGUGGACCCAAAUUCAUCAGAGGCGGCAUUUUAUGCUGUAAGAAGGCUACAGGCUAAGAAAAGAAUUGUUGAUCGACGCGCCUCAAAAAGUCGUAAGAUUCGGUAUAACGUCCAUGAAAAGCUUGUCAAUUUUAUGGCUCCCCUACCAGCGGACAUUCCCCCCAUGGCCCCUAAAUUGUUUGAGAACUUGUUUGGGCUAAAAACUCAGAGGCCUGCAGUAUAGGCUUAUUUGUAGGGUAUAGUUUUUAUAUUCUGUAGAUUGCUGGUACAUCAUUGACUGUACAAUGGAAGUCAUUAUAUAAAUUUUUUUUUCAAAAAAAAUUCUUCCUUGAGAUCAAAUUUAGCCUGGGCUAUAGGUCUUUCUCCCUUGGCAAGCUGCAACGUGUCAAGGAGAUGAGGACUAGCCCAAAAUUCAGAAUGAUAUUAUGUAACAAUUAAAUUUCUCUAUGAACUACUACUUGUUUUGAAGAUCAAAAUGUCAGUAUCAGGAUAUUUGGAUUUCA